UAAUAUUAUAUGUUUUUAUAUUUUUCUUUUUUAAGUUUCUGUUUUAUUAUAGAUACGUUUAAACUUAAAACGGACGUGUACUUUAAUAAUUUUCAUUAAAUUUAGAACUUAAUUGAUACACAAUAUAUGACAAUAUGACAACAUUAAGAGAAUUAAAUAUGAAACAUAAGGGAAUUAUGAAAAAAAAUCUAAGGCCUAGAUGUGUUGUUACAGAUCCUUACGAAAAAUUUUGGCCAAUUUUAGAUUUAGAAAAUUCUCAAUUGCUAGUUAACGAGAUGGAAAAAAGUAUAUUCGAAGAAAAUGGUAAGUUAAAAGUAAAUUGGUUUACUUUAAAUAAAUUACCUUUGGAUGUACGAAAAUGUCAAAUUAAAAAUCUUUCCAUUACACAUAAACAGCAAAUCAGUCCUGAAUUAAAAGCUCAAAGAUCAGUUUUGAAAAUGGGUAUCAAUGAAGUUAGUAGAUGUGUUGAAAAAAAUCAAAUAACUUGUUGUUUAAUAGCAGAAGAUGUGGCAAACUGUAUGAUUGCCAAGCAUUUGCUUUUUAUGACUUCUGCAAAGAGAAUACCAGUUCUAAUUCUUCCAGAUAUGCGUUCUAUUACAAAACGUGUUAUAGGUUUUUCUUCUGCAGUGUUAGGAUUAAAGGAUGAUAUAUUAAAUAGACCAGAAAGUCCCCUGUAUAAUCUCUACCAAACUAUUAUUCAAUUGUCAAAAAAAUUUAAAAAUCCAAACAUUAAACAAAUUAGUAUAAGGGAAUUGAAAUCUAAAGAUAAUCCUGCAAGAUUAAAUGUUAAUAUUGAAAAUUAUUUACUUAAGAAGCCUCGAGAAGGUAAAGCUUUUGUACCGGGAGAAGCAACAAAUAUUCAGGCAUUAAAUGACUUAUCAUUUAUACCAAUUGAAAAAAUGGUAGUUGAAAAAGUACAACCUUUUGAACACGAAGAACUAUUUGAAAUACCAACAUCUACUGAUUUAUUUAGUAUAGACACUAAACCGUUUAAACCUACAGACAUUGAAGAUACAGGGGAAACUGUGGAACGCAAAACAAAAACGUAUAAAAAACCUGUAUUGAGAUAUUAUGGAUUAAAAAUGAAAAAAAUGAAACCCAAUCCCAAUAGAAAGCCCAAAGCUGAUGAAAAUAAUUAAUACAUAUACAAAAAAAGGAAUACAAUUUCACAUAACUAUUGUCAAUUUAAAUUGUUUUAUAUAAAAAAAAUAUACAUACAUAAAUUGCACAAA